AUGAUGGAUACGGGUAGCAGCAGCAGCAGCAGCAGCAGCAGCAACUCAGCGCCCGACUGCUGGGACCAGGUGGACAUGGAAGCCGUGGGUGCAGCCCCUAUCGGGGACCUAGCCUCUUCAGCAGCAGUGGUGGAGACCCAGCAUGAGCACCUCAACUCGGCCUUCAGCCGUCAGCUGAACGUCAACGCCAAACCCUUCGUGCCUAAUGUACACGCCGCGGAGUUCGUGCCGUCCUUCCUGCGGGGCCCGGCUCCGCCGCAGAACCCCCCUGCGGACACCACCAGCAUUGACGAAACCUGCACGGGCGCGGGCACACCUGAAGGUAAAAGGCUGGGACUUGGGGCACCUGUGGAACUUGCCAAAGAGGAGCAGAUAGUGUUGUGUGAAGGCUCCAAUUCAGCCGUUACCAUGGAACUUUCUGAACCUGUUAUAGAAAACGGAGAGGUGGAGAUGGUUCUAGAGGAGUCAUGGGAGCACAAUAAAGAAAUAAGUGAAGCCGAGCCAGGGGGUUGUUCGCUGGGAGAUGCAGGGCCCCCAGAAGACAGUGGUCAGGAAAUGAUGGAGAAAGAGGAGAUGAGAAAAUCUAAAUCUGUGGUCCUGCCCUCAGGUGCUCCUAAAAAAGAACACGUAAAUGUUGUAUUCAUUGGGCACGUAGAUGCUGGCAAGUCAACCAUUGGAGGACAGAUAAUGUUUUUGACAGGGAUGGUUGACAAAAGGACACUUGAGAAAUAUGAAAGAGAAGCUAAAGAAAAAAACAGAGAAACUUGGUACUUGUCCUGGGCCUUAGACACAAAUCAAGAAGAACGAGACAAGGGUAAAACAGUAGAAGUGGGUCGUGCCUAUUUUGAAACAGAAAAGAAACAUUUCACGAUUCUAGAUGCCCCUGGCCACAAGAGUUUUGUCCCAAAUAUGAUCGGUGGUGCUUCUCAAGCUGAUCUGGCUGUACUGGUCAUUUCUGCCAGGAAAGGGGAGUUUGAAACUGGCUUUGAGAAAGGGGGACAGACAAGAGAACAUGCUAUGUUGGCAAAGACAGCAGGUGUGAAGCAUUUAGUAGUGCUUAUUAAUAAGAUGGACGAUCCCACAGUGAAUUGGAGCAUCGAGAGAUAUGAAGAAUGUAAAGAAAAAUUGGUGCCCUUUUUGAAAAAAGUCGGCUUCAGUCCCAAAAAGGACAUUCACUUUAUGCCGUGCUCAGGGCUCACGGGGGCAAAUAUUAAAGAGCAAUCAGAUUUCUGUCCCUGGUACACUGGAUUACCCUUUAUCCCGUAUUUGGAUAACAUGCCAAACUUCAGCAGAUCAAUUGAUGGACCCAUUAGACUGCCAAUUGUGGAUAAGUACAAGGAUAUGGGUACUGUGGUCCUGGGCAAGCUGGAAUCAGGAUCCAUUUUUAAAGGCCAGCAGCUUGUGAUGAUGCCAAACAAGCACAAUGUGGAAGUUCUUGGGAUACUUUCUGAUGAUGCUGAAACUGAUUAUGUAGCCCCAGGUGAAAAUCUUAAAAUCAGACUGAAGGGAAUUGAAGAAGAAGAGAUUCUUCCAGGAUUCAUACUUUGUGACCCCAAUAAUCUUUGCCAUUCUGGACGCACAUUUGAUGUUCAGAUAGUGAUUAUUGAGCACAAGUCCAUCAUCUGUCCAGGUUAUAAUGCGGUGCUGCACAUUCAUACUUGUAUUGAGGAAGUUGAGAUAACAGCCUUAAUCUCCUUGGUAGACAAAAAAUCCGGAGAAAAAAGUAAGACGCGGCCCCGCUUCGUGAAACAAGAUCAGGUGUGCAUUGCCCGUUUAAGGACAGCAGGAACUAUCUGCCUUGAGACAUUCAAAGAUUUUCCUCAGAUGGGUCGUUUUACUUUAAGAGAUGAGGGUAAGACCAUUGCAAUUGGCAAAGUUCUGAAACUGGUCCCGGAGAAGGACUGA